AUGGUAUAUCAGCACCAAAGGCCAGCCCACGUACCUGACGGUGGAGUGGGUUGGGUGGUCACAUUUUCGUCCUUCAUUGUUAGCUUGUUGGUAGAAGGAGUGAGUUUUACAUUCGGAAUUUUCUUCCCGGAAUUCCUUAGAUAUUUUGGUGAAAGUAAAGGAAAGACACAGAUGCUGCACUCACUGAUGUUUGGAAACUUUUUCAUACUUGGUCCUUUUGCAAGUGCCUUAGUAAACAAGUAUGGCUGUAGGAUAGUUUCCGGAAGUGGAGCAUUCAUCGUAAGCGUUGGACUUUUCCUGUCAUCAUUUUCGCCGAAUCUGGACGUGAUGAUCUUCUUCUACAGUAUUGUUGGAGGUAUCGGAUUUGGCCUCUUUUACUUACCGUCAAUCGUGAUAAUUAGUGAAUAUUUCGAAAAACGAAGAGCACUGGCCACAGGAAUAGCAGUUUGUGGUGCUGGAGUUGGCGGUUUUGCAUUUGCGCCCUUGUGUGAAUUUCUGUUGGAAACAUACGGGUGGAAAGGUACUCUGUGGAUUAUGUCAGCUAUCCUUCUCAAUGGAAUUGUCGUUUCUUCGUCUUUCAGAUCAUCAAAAAUCCAUUUUAACAAAAACGUUUUGAAAACUAAAAAAUCUCAAAUUGAAAAUGAUAAAAUUGUUGGAGCUGCUGAGAAGAACUCAAACAGAUGUUGCCAUCAAAUAUGCCUGGCGAUGAAAGACAUGUUUGACUUUACACUUCUUAAAAGUCCCACCAUGAUGUUGUAUGGGAUAUCCUGCUUUUUCGUCAUGUUUGGGUUUUUCAUCCCUUCAAACUUCAUUCCUGUUUGGGCUAAUGACGUCAACCUGUCUACCGAUGAAGGAGCAUUGCUGAUUGUAUUCAUGGGAGUGUCUAGCACUGUAACACGUGUUGUGAUUGGGUUCAUAGCGGACAAGCCAUGGGCCAAUAGCUUUAUUAUAAACAACAUUGCCCUCUUGAUUGGGGGGAUAUCUACAUGUUUUGUGCCAUUCUACACUACAUUUGCUACGCUAGCGAUCUACUCAGUUGUGUUUGGAUUUGUUAUCGCUACCUUUAUCCUUCUAAGAAGUAUACUGCUGGCAGAAUUACUUGGAAUACAAAGACUCAACAGUUCGUUUGGAUUGACAGGGCUGAGCAUGGGACUAUCCACGUUUGUUGGGUCACCUAUCGCAGGAGCGUUGGCUGAUAUCAGUGGUAACUAUGACAUGACUUUCUACUUCGCUGGGAUCACUCUUGGACUAGGUGGCUUAAUCUGUCUUCCAUUAAGGCGGAUUUCACGAUGGGAAAGAAAUAGAAACGCCACUUUUAAUCUAGCUAAAACAUCAGAGAUAACACAGAAAAAGUACAGAACAGAUAUGAUCGAACCAUCCGUAUACACUAUAACAGUGGACUGA